AUGCAGCGGGAUGCACGGCCAAACGGCCUGGAAAAUCCAUCUUCUAUGUUUCAGCGAAACCACAGCGCGUCCAGCGAGCGAACGUCCUCUUUUUCCGGAUCCUCUCUUACGUCUCCGCCUUCAGUAAGCCCUGAUCCCGCUUACAUUGCUCUGUCCGCUGCCUCCCAGAUUGUCAACACUGAUCGCGCCGACCGGGGCUAUCUCGAAGGGGAAGGGAUCAAGGGGGAGUUAGAUACCGCAAUUGUCGCGCCUGGCUCAGUCGCUCUCGUCAACGGCUUCCUGGAUCAGCUCUUGUACAGUUUUCUAGCCAACUCACGAUCAACCUCCAUCGCAGCUCUCAGGCCCGCAAUCCAGGAAGUUCUAAAGCCAAGACUAGCAAAAGAAGCCAUCCAAGGCGCGGACGAGGAACUGGAAGGCUACAUGGCUGGAGGAGAUGCGGAGGAGCUUCUUGCCUUCCACGGUGGUCAGAGCUUUCGAGGAGAUUAUGAUCUGAAUCUCAUAUGGCGGAGAACCCGACUGCGAUGCAUGGUCUACACGCGCUUGGGAGAUAUGGAGGAAGAGGACGAGGAGACAUACCUCGAACAAGAAGAAGAGAAUGCCAACGAGGGACGACGGCGCCUUCAUAGGGAGAUUGGUUCUAUCUCGCCAGCAGCAGCCAUCUUUUUGACAUCUGUCUUGGAGUUCAUUGGAGAGCAUGCCAUGUUGCUGGCCGGGGAAGCAGCGUACAACCGUUUCCAGACCAAGGGGCCGCGGCCACACUAUCCACGAGCAGUAGUGGAAGAAAUUGAUAUGGAGAAGCUGGCUUUCAAUGGGACGUUGGGACGCCUCUGGCGAUCGUGGAAAAAGCGAGUCAGGUCCUCCAGUCUCCUGAGUCCGAGGCCAGCUUCUCUUGGACGGCACAAGACAUCUUUCUCAAGUGAUUCCGCAAGCAGGAAGACCAGCAUCAGUGAAGGAGACGGAUUCGGGUAUUUCGACCACGUCCAGAGACCCUCCGCAAUGCAAUUACCGCCACAAGAAAAGGAGCCAGUCCCGGUAGCUGCUCCGCAAGCUUUGGACCUGCCAGAGGAGUCAAACUUCUCGGAAUUUUCCGCUGAGACUCCUGAUGCAGAGAGUGCCGACGAAAAGCAAGGCCGGCGACGCAGCAUGAUUGAAGUUUCAAAACAUGGUAGCAUAACGCCGACCCAGACCCCGUCUCAAUUGUCGCAGCCCAGUUUUUCAGUGCCAUCUGGCUCCGAGGAACGACCAGUACAACAGCACCAGCGCUCUUCGUCUGUCCCUGUCAGGCAAACACCCUUUGGAUCACCAGUGGAUGAAGCUUUUACCACACCCCGCGAACGCCCAGAUCCUUUAGAACGCGAUUAUGACCGGGCUGAUGCCGAAAAGGAACUACCACGGCUUACGGAUGACUCUACCAAUGUCCCAGUACCUGCAGGCGACAGUACAGCCGUGUCGACAAUGUAUGAUGGGACCAUCCGCAAGGGAAUCGGGUCUGCUUCGGAGGAAAUGUCUCACCAGCCAAGCCGUGGUAUGAGUACCUACACAGAAUCAUCUCUCAACACUGAUGAGUAUGAUCAUGAUUUAGCGCCUCAAGCUCUCAAUUUCAACGGAUCCUCCGCACCUACCGAGACAAUAGGCAAUGGACCAAUAAACGGACUUCUUCCCGAAUCAAGAGAUAGUACCGUCUCGAGCAGUUAUAGCUUCCAAAGGAGCGAGAUGGAUCUUGUUGCGCAACCAAGGACUUCGGAUCAAAUCUCAGAUAGGGAAAAGGACGAGUCUGAGGGUGCCGCUUUUCCAAAGCGUGCUGAUUCACUGGACCAGGAGAAUGACACAGGUCGAUCAGGCCACGUUGGAAAUCUCGCUAAUCUGGCAAUGCUGCAAGGGCACCAACUUCGCACCUAUGAUGAAAGCGGGAAGGCUGUGAAACGCGACAUUCCUGUACUCUAUGAGGCACCAUCUAACAAAGAUGUGAUUUACAAUCCAGAUGCCAACGUACGCUCCAGCACAGGUCCGCCAGAUGAAAGUGGGCUUCCCACGCCCACGGGAGCAGAUAAUCAAAAUGUCGAGCCUGGGCCGAAAGCAAUUCCCAGACAACAGGGCGUUCCUCUUCUUACGCCACUACAAGAGUUGAUGGACGCUGCUCAUGACACCUCUGAUGAAGCGUCUUCCAAUGCUCCCAGCCAUGGCACACCAAGAAGCGAUGCUUAUAUGCCAGCCCAUCGCUCCCAAGGCUCUGACAACGUCAGGACUGACACUCUGUUACCGACACACUCAACUGCAAGCCAACCCUCAACAGCUGUGAGCAAGUCGGCUGAUCUCCGAGCUCAGCCAAUAUCGGUAAACACUGGCACAGAUCGAGCUGCAGUGCAGAGGGUAUCUCCAGGUACAACACCGCUUGCCAAUGGGAGAAUAUCAACCAGCAGUAUUCGAGAGGGGCGACCAGUGACUGCCAGCUCUACUACGUCGCAAAUGUCUUCAAAAAUCAAGGGCAUGAUAGGCCGGGAAUCUGGGGAUCUAAUUCGCCAACCAAUGCCACGGCGCAACUCGUCCGAUGGCAGCAGUAGCUUGGUCAACGGUAUCCAGAGAGCCCCGAGAUCUGCAGACAGGGAGCAGGACUUUGAGGAUUUAAUCAAGAGCGACGAGACUGUGAAGUACACACUUACACCACAGAACAUGCGCGAGAUGGAGACCCCUGAAUCCCCGCAAUACCAAACCCACGCACGGUCCGAGACUCAAGGAUCGCUCACGGGGUCACUGAACGGCAUCAAUGGGCUGCGCGCCAAUCCCACCAACGUGACCGAAUUCGUGAAAGCCCCACCCUCAUUUGAGACCACAAGAAGUCCACCUCAAGCACCACCGAAGUCUCCGGGAGUACGGUCUAGUCGCGUAGCAGCUCCUCGUGAAGCAGACGCUAAAGACCACAAUAUGAGAGACUUUGCCGACUUCAUUCGAUCGACUGGUCCGGAUAGUGUACCAACGCACGCAGCGAGGCCGGUAACGUCAGGCACCGCGAAGAAAGAGCGCCCAAGCAGCUCUACAUCACAAGUAGGACCUAAGAAACUCACGAAGUCACCUUCCGUGACUUCUCCCAAGCAAAGUUACAUCAGCCCACCUCCAAAGCCUGAAAUUGCUCCAAUGCGGACUGCAUCAAAAUUGCAAGCACGUGAAGCCGCCGUCACCAAUAACAACGCCACCGCCGAUCUUGCAAACUUCCUCCGCUCAGGACCUGACGGUUUGGACGCUCGUCGUAGUGCACAACGACCAGGCGCCCACAUACAACCCGCCACGACCUCCAAUGGCUACGUCAAUGGGAGACAAGCAGUCGGCUCUGGUACUUCGGUCGCAAGCACGCAGGAUAGCUUCGCCGCAUCCAAAAUGACCCAAUCAUCUACCAAUUCCAGGACAGGUCUACUUGAUACAUCGAACCGAGCCCAGCCCUCCACUCCCGAAGCUGGUAGGAACAGCGGCGCCCCAUCACCACGCAGCAUCGACCCUCCUCCCGGUCGAGCACGCAAGCAGCGGCGUGUCAGAGAUCCCUACGCCAUCGAAUCUGACGAUGAGAACGACGACAUACUACUACCGCCUGAACGCGAAGAAGAGUCACUCAGCGACUUCCUCCGCAAUUACACACCUCCCCCAGCAGCAGCCACUCGCCCUCCUCCAAUCGGCAUCACUGGCGCCCCCAAACCAGCCAAACAAAGUGUCACCUUAAAAGAACGCAUCCAACGCAACAUAGCCGUCAUCCCUGAUUACCGUCCACUACCGCCCAAAACUCCCAAAGAAGCCCUCCUCCGCGAAGUCUCCACCUCAAUCCAAUGA